UCGGUAAUACGUAUUGUUCCAGUGAAAACAAGCGGAAAUCGUCUCCCCGGAAACAAUAUUCUCAAGAAGAUUUAGAGCGAGCUAUCGAAGUCGCACAAAAGACCGGAAAAGUACGAAAAGCAGCGAAGAUAUAUCAAGUUCCAUUUUCGACUGUCCAAAGGUAUAUGCGAACUCCUCCAAAGAAGCAGAAACCUGGUCCGAAUACAGUUUUAACGGCGCAAGAAGAAUCGCGGAUAAAAGAAUGGAUUCUGUACAUGUCGAAGGUAGGAUUUCCUUUAAGUGCUACAGACAUUCUUCAUGCAGUAAUCGAUUAUGCUGAUAAAAUCCGAAAGACACGAAACAUUCCUAAAUCUUUUCCAAGUAGAACUUGGACGCAACGUUUCUUGAAUAGACAUCCGGAGUUCAAGAAGAAGCGCACUACCAGACUCUCUAAAGCAGGUGCUUUUCUUACGGAGGAACAAAUUCGUCACUGGUUUCUGGAAAUUGAAAAUACUCUUCUCGAAGAGGGCAUCAACUUGCCCAUUUUUGAAAACCCAAGAAGGAUUUUUAAUUUUGACGAAUCUGGGUUUAAGCUUGUUCCAAAAGAAUUUUUAGCAAUUUGCGGACAGGAUGCCGAGGACACUUGUUUUGUUCAUAACAACUGUGAUAGGGACAGCCAUACCGUACUUUUUGGAAGUAACGCUGCCGGAGAACUCACACCACCGAAGGUUUUGUAUCCCGGGAAAAGAAUGACGCGCGAUAUUGUAAACAGUACUCCGGAAGGCUGGUCUGUUGGUAUUUCUGAUGAAGGCUGGCAGACUUCGAAGACAUUCUACGAAUACAAAUGACUUUCAUAAAUGGCUGGUAGAAGAAGAAAUGCAAUUCCCUAUCGUCGUGUUUGUAGACAGACACAAAAGUCACAUCAGUAUUGAACUAACUGAAUUCUGUGCGGCUCACGAGAUAAUUAUAAUUGCGCUGCUCCCAAACUCGACGCGAAUUCUGCAGCCCCUAGACAGGAAGUUCUUUUGGCCUUUAAACAAAUUUGGAACAAAGUUCUGAGACAGCACCUUUUGGCGAAUCCUAGCGCAAAAGUUACGAAACUGAACUUUUGCUCGCUUUAUAUGACAGCACUAGAUAAUUUCACGAACUCGGCAGAAUGUUUAAAAAAGACAUUUGAAAUGUGUGGCCUUUGUCCCUGGAAUGUGGAUAAAGUGGAUUUCAGCCGAUUGCCUACU